GUGGAGCGCCCUGGGGUGGUAGGUCGGGUGGGCGACGGAGUCGCUGGGAGCUGGAGCGCGAUGGCGGCGGGCCGCCUGCUGCUGCGGGGCCGGUAGGGGAGCCCUUGCAGAAGCGGCCGGCGGUUGCGGCUGCCGGGGACAGCGGCAGUGCUAGCGGGGCAGCUGCACCCGGCGUGGUGCUGCCGCCGCCGCCGCCGCUACCUCCGUCGCUAGCCAAGCGGCAGUGGUGCUCCGCGGCUCAGAACGAGGGAGGGGAUGAUGUGGCAGGGGACCGGCAAAGCAGUUUUGGAGCGGGCUCGGCGCCAGCGGAUACACGUCAGCAGCCUCAGCAGCAGCUGUCCCGACCAUCCUCACCGCAGCUGCCGCCACCGCCAAACCUGCCGGAGGGCCGUCAGCCCCGCCACGAACGCAGCGGCGAAGGCGCAGGACCCAGGUACGGUGCGGACAGCGCAGCAAUGGAGCUGGGAGCUGAGGGCCGGGCAGCUGAAGCGCCUGCUGCGGUCAGCGGGGCAGCACCGGUGGUGCCUGUAGCAGCAGCAGCAGCAGAUGACACGGGAGGUGACCCGCGGGUCAGGGGCGCUGUGGAGGGCGCCAGUGCGCAGGGGCCGUCUGCUGCUCCUGCGACAGCGGCGGCUGCGGGCGGGGACCCCAGGCUGCAUGCCGGGGGGAGCCGGCCGUCUACGGGGCUCCAGGCGGAGAGCAUGGAGGUUGACGGUGCCGGCAGCAGCACUAGCAACAGCAACACCGCCCAGCCUGAUCUAGUAGCAGCAGCAGUUGCUGCGGCCACGCAGCAAGCGGGGAGCAGCGCAGUCGACACCGCUCCAUGCGGCGGCGGCGGAGAGGACCCGCAGCAACAGGGCAGCUGUGGAGCGGCGCCUCCGGGCACUGGCCCCAGUGAGACUGCCCGGCAGCCGCAGCCGCAGCAGGGCCCCAGCAUGGCGGGUGCUGGGUCGGGCCCUGGUGACACGGACGCGGCUAUGGGGCCUGAUGCGGCCGCCGCUGCAAGCGGGCCUGGACCGGAAGCCACCACACCAGAAGCAGCAGGGGCGUGUCCCGAGGUGCAUGCAGCGCAUCAGCCGGGGGAUGGUGAGCGCCAGGGCGACGGGGAGGAGGAGCAGCGCCCAACCGGCCAGCCGGGGAUCACCGCACAAGCCACGACAGGCGAUGGGCCCCAGGCGGCUGAGGAACGGGCAGCGGCACUCAUGGCGGGCAAUGGUGAGGCGGAGGUGGCGCAGCCAGCUGAGCGGUCCGCUGAUGUGGCGCCGCGCGGUGGGCCGGGCGCGGCGGCCGCUGAGCAGCAGCUGGCCGGCAUAGACGUGGCAUGGGAGCGGGCAGAAGAGGUGGCGGGACUGGUCGGGGCGGGCCCAGGGGCAGGAGCCGUUGCUGUUGCUGAGGAGGAGGGAGAGCAUGGCGAAGAGGGCGCUGCAAAGGCAGGUGGCGCGCAAGGGGGGGACGUGCCGGCUGCAGCGGCGGCAGCGGCUGGGGAGCAGACGCAGGAGGCGGCAGCAGGGGCCGAGCCGCCGUCCGCUGCUGCGGCAGCCCCGGCUGCGGAGGCGCAGAUGGAGGGGAGCUGCGGGCCGGCUGCGGGCGCCGCAUGCGGGCUACCAGCGGCGGCAGCGGCACCCGAGCCAGCGCAGGUGGCGGCGACGGCCGAGUCCGACCCUGCGACCCUGUCCGCACCGCAGACCUCCUCCGCCGCGCCCGUACAGCCCCAGCCGGAGGGCCCACUGGAUGUGGCGGCGGCCACGGUCGCAGCGGCUCUGGAGCCCAGCCAGUCUGCACCGGGUCCCGAGCUGCAGCCGCAGCAGGGGCAGGGCGCGCAGUCGCUGCCGCCUCCGCCUCCGCCGCCGCCCCCUGCGUCGCUGCACGGCAACACCAGCGGCGGCGGCGGUGUUUGCGGCGGCGGCGGGCUGCUGCUGUCGUACGACGACUCCCGGGUGCCGUUGCAGCUGGAGGAGCUGGAGCUGGGGGAGCUGGACGACACGUGGCUGUGAGGGCGGGGCUGGGGUGCGGGGGGGCUGGAGGCGUUAUGGCAGGGCUGGUUAAUUGGUGUGGGAGGCGAUGAUGGACGGGAAUGGCCUGGCUGAGAGGUGCCGCACAUGAUCAGUCACCGUCAGUGCGUUCAUGGUCACGGCUGGCUAUCGCUGGUGAGGGCGUUACAACAAGGGGCUGGGCAGGCAAGGCCAUUCUGCAGGCGGGAACUGAAUGCGGGCGCCUAUGGGUGUGAUGAGGAGCGGAUUGACCUUCAGUAUGUUAUGUUUGGCGAGAAGGGAGACGGAUGGAGAAGAUUUUUGGUACUGUAGUAGACUUUGGUGAGAAGCGCGCUCGUGUGCAAAACUUGGUAGAAAGCGCGCUUGUAUGCAAAAGGAGGGUUUGCUGCAUGGGAGAGUUAACCUUGCAUUUUUUACCAAACAUGCCAAGUGUGCUGCGCCGCAUGCACGCUUAUGCCGGCGUGCGCACCUUGGGUAGCUGACGAUGUGCUGAAGUGAUGUCGGCGCAACCGCUGCGUGCGGGGUUGCGUGGAUUCGAGGCUGUUAGCUAGCAUGGCAUGGUGUGGCGUCCGAGGGUAUUUGUGCGGGGCCGUCGCGGCACGCGUACCGGUAACAUGACACUGGGUGUCAUGGUGUUCACUGUGUGUUGUUGUUCGGGAUGUGCAGGACCUUGCUGCUUUCGACGCUUUCGGAAGUGCGUUUACUCAAAUGUAGGGCGCCGCUGGUGACCCUGUGUGUCUGGCUUAGGACUGGACCUCCAGUUAGCAUGGCUUAGACACGAUGAUGCGGGCAGAACCCGUGCAUUUUAGCUUGAGGUUGAUGGCGUAGGAGGGAGGCGCAUGCUGUUUACAUACGCCGACAUGUGGUAUGCCAAUCCUCGCCGGCCGUAUCCGUACGGCAUCGUAGAUGACCUUUGACCGCAUUGCCUGAGGGUUUCGGCGUCGUUGUCUAAAUUUCUACUUGUUUUACCACAGCGGAUGCUGGCAUCGGCCCUACUGAGAAUAUACAGAGUGCCUUUGAAAUGAACGCCGCUGAGCUCCAACAAAAAUGCAUAUCGCUAGAAGCCGAACUGCGCGACAGAGAGAGCGAACUUGCAACUCUUCGGGAAUUGGCCCAGGACUUAUCACAGGAUGUGCAGUCAGCAAAGAUCAUCGAGCUGUCAAAGAAGAACCGGGCCCUGAACCUGGCGCUGGAACGAGAAAAGCAGCGUGUGGCUAAGCUGCAAGCAGAGGUAGCGUCGGCUGGCAGCAGCGCAACCCGGCCGUUGUCCGGCAAUGGCUCCACCGCGGCCCCUCUGGAGGCCGUCGAGGAGAUUGCCAGGAGCAUGGUGGAGCAGGCGGCUGAGGCAGCGGAGGCAGCACAGCGGGAAGCGGCGCAGUGGAAGGAGAAGCUCGCUCAGACAACCAACAAGAUCUCGCAAAUGGAGCAAAAGGUGUUUUCUCUGGAGAGUGAGAACAAGAAGCUCACUCGCGCGCUGGUGCGGGAGGUGGGCGAGGAGGUGCCGCUGGCGCGGGUGCUGGACGACAGCGGCGACUGGAAGGGGCGGCGCGAGCAGAUCAUUGCGCUCAAGGACCAGGUGAAGCAGCUGCGUGCGGCUGCGGGUCAGGCCACUCCGGACAGCAAGCAGGAGGCGGCCGCCAAGGGGGUCAUCACCAAGAUAUCCCGGGAGCGGAAUCAGGAGCUGGAGCGGCUGACGGGCGAGCUGGCGGGUGUGCGGGGCGAGCUGGAGGCGCUGCGGCUCAAGUACGAGGGAGCGGUGUCGCGCAGGAAGAUACUGGAGACCGAGCUGUCCAGUAUGAAGUCCAAGGUGUCGGUGGUGCUGGACAAGGCGGCCACGGAUGACCGACUUAUAGCGGCGCUCAAGUCCGAGGUGGCGGCGCUGAGGAAGGGGCAGCAGCAGGGCGGAGCGACCCAGGGGUCGGCAGGCGGCGCGGAGCGGCCCGGAGGGGCGCCCCUGUCUCGCUCCGCCUCCUCCGUCUCGCCGGACGACGAGUUGUGGCGCGAGCUGGGCUCCUUGCGGCGGCGCGUGGCGGAGCAGGAGGAGCAGAUUGACCGGCAGGAGGCGAUCAUUCUGGCGCUGCAGCAGCGCUGUGCGGCCGCCGCGGCCUCCUGCGCACCCGCCAGCGCGGGGGGAGCUGGGGCCGGAUUGGGCGGGCGGCCGGGCAGCAGCAGCGGGCGGCCGGGCAGUGGAGGGGCGCGGGGAGGGGCCGCGUGGGAGGGCGCGGUGGAGCAGCAGAUGCGGCUGCUGGAGGUUGAGAACAGCCGGCUAACGGAGCUUGUGGCGUUGCUGCAGCGGAGACUGGAGGGAUCGUGAGCGACGAUUCGCGGUUGGCGAUGCGUGUAAAGAUGGAGAUUGCCCGACUUGUCCCAACUUCUUAUUUCUUUUAGGAGUAAACGUUUACGCAAUUAACCUUCAUUGAUCAUUUAGCUUUUACGUCUUGACGUUCACAUUGAAGAAUGCAAGUUCAGAGGGCAGCCGGGCUGAGGGUAGGACAGGAACGUGUGCUGCUUCGGCACAAUGUGCGUUUCGCACCUUUUAAGCCUUGCCGGCAACAACAGCCGCGUGUGGUUUGCGGAGCUGCGCCGUCGGACGACCCAUACAAGUUGCUGGGCGUCGAACGAGGAGCUGAUAGCAUGGAAAUCGGCAAGGCGUACCGUGUAAAAAAGUAUGAAUAUAGGUUCAACAGUGAAAUGCUACAAAAGGUGGAGUCGGCCCACAGCUCAAUUAUGCUGUCGCAGCUGACAGCACGGAAGAAGGGGAAAGGCAUUAGCAAGUCAGUAGCCUACGCUGACCAGGAGCCCCUAUUCCCCUGGCGUCCCAAGCGCUGGGACGCCACCCCCAACGUGAUCAUGAUCAUCGGCGCCAUGCAGCUCGCCAUGGUGGCCAUCGGCUUCCAGCAGCCCGCACUCAGCAAGACCGUGUUCUGCGGCCUGAUCGGUAUCGUGGGCAACGUGAUGAAGCAGAACGCCAUCUCGCCGCCGCCCAAGGACCCGGACACCGCCACGGAGGAGGAGGCGGGGCGCACGAGCCGCAACUUCGUGCGCGGCUUCCUGCUGGGUGUGUUCGCCACCUUCGCGGGCACCCUGGCCUUCAGCCUUCCCGAGGUGCUGGUGCAGCAGUUCGGACUCACGCUGCCGGCCAUCCCGGGGGUGCCCAACGUCAUUGUGUCUCUCAAGAUCCUAGGCUCGGCGCUCUUCAACUGGUGCAUGACCUCCUUCUACUACUGAGCAGCUGCAGCUACAGUUACUGUCUGUAAGCGCGUGCAGUGCGUCUGUCCCCGUGGGGCCUGGCUAGGGGUCCUGGAGGAUGGAGGACUGGGCGCGUAGAAGGGCGUUUGGGUAGAGUACCGGGAAGGGGUGGGGUUUGCAUGCUCUCACCGCGUCGAGAGCUGCACCUGAGAUGCAGGAAAGGGGCAGUCCUAGGUCACGCCGUUGGAUGGCAGGGCUAGGGAGCUAGGGUGCCGCGGGGUGCGGGGUACAAGUUACUUGUCGAAGGGCGGUUUGCGGUUGGCAGCAGUGUACUCAUGCCGCGUUGGAGGAGGUCUAUGCAGGGGUGGAAGGGGCAAGGUGGGGUCUGUCGAUUGCAAUACCAUGUGUGUUGAGCGAAUGUGUUGAUGGCCGGUGGGUGGAGUGCCAGCUCCGUCCAGGAAUUGCCGUACACCCUGGGAACUAUCUUUGCGUUGCUUGUGGCCCUUGUCCUGUAAUGGACUCGCCAUGAAUGCUGGGUUUGCAUUGCAAGUUUGGAGUAGAUGUGGGGUUUUGUCGGAUGGACCUGUUGCAUGGGUACGUGCUUGCAUAACAGUGCUACCCGGUCUCGAGGAUUGCGCUUCCGUACGUGACCGAUUUGCAGUUUAUGGUGGUUGAUUUAUCGAUAACUUGCUUAUAAUCGCUUCAGGCUGAUUGGAUGUAAGCGAGAAUGCGCGAUGCAAGGUCGUGCGG